AUGGCUAGACAAGAUAAUGAGGCACCUGAUGCGGUAGUCACAGGUAUUACAUUGCCUUACAAGACAGCUAAAACCAUGUGGGAUUAUUUACAAAGGGUUUACAAACAAGAUAAUAGUGCCCGACGUUUUCACUUAGAGUAUGAAAUUGCUAAUUGCUCUCAAGAAGAUCUUUCUAUUCAGGAUUAUUUUUCUGGAUUUCAGAACUUAUGGGCUGAAUUUACAGAUAUUGUUUAUGCCAAAAUAUCGACCGAAUCUCUCUCUGUAGUUCAACAAGUUCAUGAGCAAAGCAAGCGAGAUCAAUUUUUUAUGAAGUUACGCUGUGAGUUUGAGACUGUUUGCUCCCACUUGAUGAAUCGUGACCCAUCUCCCUCCUUGGAUGUUUGUUUAAGGAAGUUUUGUAAUUAUUGCAAACAACAAGGACACAUUAUCAUAGAGUGUCUCACACGCCCUCAAAACCGUAAGGUUAAUGGUUUUCAAGCUGGGACAAACGGUUUCACUACUGAGAACUCAUCUUCGGGACAAGUUCUUACUCCUGAAAUGAAGGCAAUGGAGGAAGAACUUUUGGCUUUUAAAGAAAAUGACAUAUGGGAUAUUGUUUCAUGUCCUUCAAAUGUCCAUCCAAUUAGAUGUAAAUGGGUUUAUUCAAUUAAACUUCAUUCUGAUGGAACUCUUGAUCGGUACAAAGCUUGGUUGGUUGUUCUUGGUAACAAGCAAGAGUAUGGUGUGAACUAUGAAAAGACUUUUGCACCGGUAGCAAAAAUGAAGACGGUGCAAACUAUUAUUGUCAUUGCUGCUUCAUAA